CGUGCCCAAAUACAACGCUUGCGGUUGGUGCAGUUACCCGCUAGCUUUGCUCGUUCUGUGCCAUCAAACAAAACCCAGUCCGCAGGCAGUCUCACUUCAACUCCCUAAUCCUCCUUUUGAGUUUAGGGUUCUAAAGUUCCAACCUUUCCCUCCAAUUUAUCAGUUCCCUUACUUACACCCUCUGCACUCCUGCAACACCUCUGCUGGUUUUCUUGCUGGUCAGUUUAACCGUCCGCCGUGAAAAUUCCUUCCCCAUACAGAUGGAGUCGAACGGGGAUGACGCCGCUCGUAUCGUCGCCGAACUCGAAACCCUCAAGUCCGCCAAAAGCGACAUAGACAGCCGAAUUCGAGCUCUGGAAGCUCAGCUCCGCGACUUGAAACUCCAGAAGCCGCCCGUCUCUGCUAACGGGUCUUGUCAUUCAGGCGGCUCGGCCGGUGGUUCUGCCCCGGCUCACGGAUUAUCGUCCGAUAUGAUUUACCGCUACAGCCGCCACCUCCUCCUUUCCUCUUUUGGAGUUCAAGGGCAGUCAAAGCUCGUCAAGUCUUCCAUUUUAGUGGUUGGAGCUGGAGGAUUAGGCGCCCCUGCUCUGAUGUACCUUGCAGCUUCUGGUGUUGGCCGGUUGGGUAUCGUCGAUCAUGAUGUUGUUGAACUUAAUAACAUGCAUAGGCAGGUUAUACACACUGAAGCAUUUAUCGGUCAACCAAAAGUGAAGUCUGCUGCUGCUGCCUGUCGCUCAAUCAACUCCUCAAUUCAGGUAGUAGAACACCAAGAAGCAUUAAGGACAUCCAAUGCUAUUGAAAUUAUGAGCCAAUACGACAUUGUGGUAGAUGCUACAGAUAAUGCACCAAGCCGUUACAUGAUCAGUGAUUGUUGUGUCGUUUUGGGGAAGCCUCUUGUGUCGGGUGCUGCAUUGGGAUUGGAGGGUCAGCUGACAGUCUAUAACUACAAUGGAGGGCCAUGCUACAGAUGCCUUUUCCCAACUCCACCACCUGCAACAGCUUGCCAAAGGUGCUCAGAUAAUGGAGUCCUAGGAGUAGUCCCUGGAAUAGUCGGCUGCCUCCAAGCUCUAGAGGCCAUUAAAAUUGCUAGUGCUAUUGGGGAACCGUUGUCAGGACGCAUGCUUCUACUUGAUGCAUUAUCAGCGCGAGUUCGGAUUGUCAAGAUUAGAGGGAGGUCAAUACAUUGUGAAGUUUGUGGAGAAAAUACAACAUUCACCAAAGAGCAAUUUAAGAACUUUGAUUACGAGAAUUUUACUCAAUCUCCCUUGUCAGCGGCUCCCUUGAAGCUCAACCUUCUUUCAGAAGAAUCUAGAAUCAGCAGCAGCGAGUUCAAGGAGAAAGUGACAAAAGGAGAACCAUAUGUUUUGAUCGAUGUACGACCAGGCCACCACUUCAAGAUUGUUUCACUUCCAAAUGCCAUGAAUAUCCCUCUAUCGACUUUGGAGGGCAGGCUGCCUGAGAUCUCUUCAGCUUUGAAAGAGGAGGAACAUCGCAGGAGCAGUGAAAGCUCUGAGUCACCUAUUGUUGGCCUUUACGUGAUGUGUAGAAGAGGCAACGACUCACAGAGAGCAGUUCAAUUGCUGCAGAGUAUGGGAUUCCCCUCUGCAAAAGAUAUCGUUGGUGGCUUAGAGGGCUGGGCUCGUGAGGUGGAUCCAGAUCUCCCUACUUACUAGAGACCAAAUAGUUUUGUCUUGCAAUGUUUUCUUCUACAUGAAAUCCUGUACUUCAAGAUGGGGGGAUGCAAACUCAUUACCAGCAGUUCAUCUGGGUUAUUUUAGUCACUUUAAGUUAUCAGUAUAAUCUACUGUUUACUUGUCCGUGGUAGAUCUUUAUUAUAAAAUAGAGUACUUUGU